UUUCCGGUUUUGCCCCGACGAUCUCUCCACUACAAAUUCCCACCGUCGCUUCCGGCCUUCACCCCAAAUCCUCCCAUCUUUCCGUUAAUUCGGACAAAACCAAGACGAACCCAUCUCAAUCAUCGGAUCCCGCCGUCAAAUUUCCACAAAGUUGCAGAGAAAUAUCCUCCGAUUUUUGAAUUGAGUCAAUGAGAAUCAGCUCGCUGUUCGCUCUGUUAGCUAGGCUUAAUAGCAGCCGUUGUUGACACAAUCUCCACUACGCCUGGGUUGGCGUCCAUUGCGUUUUGACUCUUUUGUAAAUUGGAGCACUAAUUGAAGUGAAGUUUAAGCGAUGUCGGCCUUGAAUCGCAUAUGGAUCAAUUUUUUCAAUUCCUUAUUUCAUUUUGCUGAAUGGUAUCCUCUGGAAUAACGUUGCUGACUGGGCGCCUGAAGCCCACUUGGCCUAUUUCUCUAGACAAGGUUUUGCAGUUGAGAAUUAUCUUAGAGUGUGUAAAUUCUUGGGCCAGAGUUUUGGUACUGGGAUGUUCGCUAAGAGGAAUUCGAUCGAGAAAGUGACAGAAAUGGGCUGCUGUGGGUGUUUUGGUUUCUCAUUUCUGAAAAGUCCCAAGAAGGUGACAAAACCCACCAAGGCAACUAGCAAGAAUGUAAGUGAGGAGUUAUUGUUGCAUGAUGAUCCCGAAGAUGAGCAGGGUAGUAGUUUCCAGGAUGAUACGGAUGGGUCUGGAAAUGCGGAUGACCUUGACUUUCAAAGCCCAGCAAAACGAUCACUCGAGAUUCUCACGAACUUGAUUCAACACGAGUUGAUAUGUAGGGAGUUCCCUGUUAAGGAAACCGACAGUGUCGUUCGUUCGGAGGAUGAAAAUGGAAACAAGACCAUUAAUGAAUAUGUCCGGGUGCGGAAGAUUGGCGCUGGUAGCUAUGGGAAAGUGGUUCUCUACCAAAGCCGUUUACAUGGAACAUAUUACGCAAUAAAGAUCUUUCACAAGUCUCAUUUAUCAAAGCUGAGAGUUUCACCCUCAGAAACUGCAUUGAGUGAUGUUCGUCGUGAGGUUUUAAUCAUGAAAGUGCUGAGUCAUCCCAAUAUAGUCAAUCUUGUCGAGGUUAUCGAUGACCCAACGGACGAUAACUUGUAUAUGGUUCUUGAAUAUGUGGAGGGCAAGUGGGUCUUUGAUGGCGCUGGUCCACCUAGCUGUCUUGGAGAAGAAACUGCACGGAAAUACAUACGUGAUGUAGUCUCUGGUUUGAUUUACCUCCAUGCUCAUAAUAUAGUGCAUGGAGAUAUCAAACCUGAUAACUUACUAGUCACAAGUUCUGGCACAGUCAAGAUAGGGGAUUUUGGCGUCAGCCAGGUUUUUGAGGAAGACAAUGACGAUCUUCGACGCUCUCCAGGAACUCCUGUGUUCACUGCCCCUGAGUGCUGUUUAGGCCUAACCUAUCAUGGAAAAGCUGCCGACACCUGGGCGGUUGGCAUUACUUUGUACUGUAUGGUUCUGGGGAAAUAUCCAUUUCUAGGGGAGACGCUUCAGGACACUUAUGAUAAGAUUGUAAAUAGCCCGCUGUUGCUCCCUGACGAGAUGAAUCCUCUCUUAAAGAACCUAAUUGAGGGCCUUCUCUGCAAAGAUCCAGAAAAAAGAAUGACGCUAGAGAAUGUCUCGCAGCAUGAUUGGGUCAUUGGAGAAGACGGGCCCAUCCCUCAGUUUUUGUGCUGGUGCAAGCGCAAGAGACUGCAGAGAAACGCAUCUGAUGGAAAUGGAACAGAAACUCUCAGUUAACGACACUAACUGGGAGUAUCGUGCUGCUGCCAUUUUUCUUGUGGCUAUUCUGCUCAUAACAGUUACUCACUUGGGUAAUGAUCUCCAGUUACGUAUGUGGUUUACGAAACACGAAGAUAUAAGUAAUGGGCCUGUUAAGACUUGGUGUGUAGGUUGCCAAGAACUAAGUACGUCUGAGGCUUCUUUGUUAACACUUUUCCGAUUUCUCGCUGCACGGGGAAUUUUCCCUAUAAUAUUAAGAGCGUAUUUAUCUUCUCCGAUUAGCUGGUUUUCCUGAUCUAUAUAGACAUGUACAUAUAUUUCGGAAAAAUACUAGACUGCACCUUUGUAUUUAAGUAGUUUUUGUGCAUUCUAUACUUCAUAGUAUUUAUGAACAUUCGUUUGGUUGAUCAUUCCAUACUUUGAGGUUUCUUGUUGCUUGCA